UCCAAAUUCUAACACCUCUGACUGCAUGUUUUUGAUUGAACGAGUCUCAGUCCAUGCUCACCAUACCUCAUUGCCCCCUUAUCAUUUUCUCUUCCUUCAUUCCUUUUUUUCCUUUACAAUUACUCAUUCCAAGUCACAAUAUUCUAUGCAGAAUAAUAAAGUGGAAGGAAGAGAAACGAGAAAAAAAAAGGAAGAGUUCAGAGAAGAAGAUCAUAGAUGGGUCAACUGAUACAUGUUGCAGUGGUGGCAGCCUCCUUGGGAUGUGUUUCGACCCUUUUGCUGGUUUUCAUGUGGCGUUGGUGUCAUCACAAGAAAGACCACAGAAACUUCGUAGAAGCCAAUAGCUUGACCAGAAUGGAGAGUCUCCAAGCAGGAAUUGCAAGACUUCAUCAACAGCAGCCUGCAGUAUAUCACCAAUUUGACGAGAAGAACAAGAACAAGAGCAAUAACAAAAUCAAAAACAAAGGCAACUUUUAUGUUUUUCACAAUGGGGUAUCUAGAAGGGGGCAUUUGUUCAACUGGGAUGAUCAUCCCUAUCUUGUGGUUGAUGCUGUGGAAAAUGGGUGGUCUGGAUUUGGUUUUUCCAACUACAAGAGCAACAUGCCAUCUCCUUCAAAAAGAUCAAGUCUUUUGGGAGCAUGUGUUGCUGCUGCUGCCGAGAAUGGAAGAGAAAGUGAGGCUGAGAUAAGUUGGGAAGUGUGUAAUGGAUCAGCUGAAUAUAUGCAGAAGGUUAGACUCAAUCCUGAGUUGAAAAAGGUUCUUCACUCAAACAACUCUUCCAAUAUGAGUGUUGCUUCUGUCAUUAGGACUUCUCUACCUCUUCCUGGCCCUCCUUUGGGAAACUAUGCCUUCCCACAAGAAGCCUAUUUUGAAAUCACCAUACUGUGUUCUGGUGUUGGUAAUCAUGAUUCGGUUGUUGGAAAGAGAGAAGGGGAGAAGACAAAACUCCUCAUUGAAGAUGGUUCCAAUGGUGUAUGUGAUUUGAAUAUGGUUGAAGAAGUGAAACUUGGGCAGAAAGAGGGUGGUGGAAAGAGUGGAUCUGUGAUGUUCUCAUUGGGGUUAACAGCAGGAGGAGGUGUUCCUUUAAGAGUUCCAGGUAGCUAUCCUAGGAGCAUUGGAUUCAAUUCCAAUGGUUCUGUCUUUCUUGAAGGAAUGAAACUUGUGAUGGAGUCUGAGAAGGCACAAUGGAUAGGAAGUGAAAGGGUAAUUGGAUGCGGGUAUGAUCCAAGGCAGAAGAAGGUUUUCUUCACAUUGGACUCAGAAUUGGUGCAUGUCAUCCACUGUCAGUCAGAAGAAUUCGGCACUCCACUCUGUCCAACUUUGGCUGCAAACAUAGACAUUCAGGUUUUGGUUAAUUUUGGACAAAGUGCAUUCAAAUAUGCACCUGCAAAUGCACAAAGAACACCAAAUCCAUGCUUCAUAGCCCCACUUGUAAAUUCUCCUGGUGCUACCCUCGGUUAUGAUGACAGCAAGGAGCUCUUCUCCAUGGGAAGGAUUGAUUCUCAGUGGCAUAACAGAUCUGCAAACAAAGCCAAUCAACCCAAUGGGAAUAUUAGUCAAGUCUUAGAUUUUGAUGACUCUGAGGCUGAUCUAUUUGAAAUAGUCUUGGAUGGUUCAUGAAAGUUUGAAAACAUUAUUUCAUAGCUCACCACUGUAUAGCAGGCAUAAUUGAAUGUGGUUAUCAUGUCUCAGGUGAUUAACUUCAUUUCUCCUUCUGCACAUACCCUUUGAUUUGAUCUUUCCCCUUCAACCAUAGCUAGUCAUAUAACAGCCUUUUGUCUCUUCUUUUACCCUCCCAAACGUGUUUUUCUUCUUUGGUCACCAAACAAACACUAAGUUUUGCUAUUUGGAAUACAGCAUUUUCCUCCCUCUGUAAAUACUGAAUUAGUGAUUAUACUUUCUGGCCAAUGUUCCCAUUAUAUUAUAUUAUGCUUUCUGCCUUUCUCAUCAAACUUUCUGCAAACAUUUUAUGUGCUAGUCAUGUCAAAGCUUAAUGCAGAGAGGCA